AUGGUCUUUUCGAAGAAGAACGACAACUCUAGAGUUCAAGGUUUCGCUCGUGUUCCAGGAACGAAAGCAGCUGAGAAUCGAGACAAAGCAGCACAGAAGAAAGCACAAAAAAGAUAUCCAGGACAACCUAAACCGAGAAUGAAAUACGAGGAUGUCCCCCCACCAUACGAACCACCACCAGGCUACGAAGAAGUAUUAUAUGAUGACAAAGAAGCUUCAAAAUAA